AUGGGAGACAGAGGAUUGGACGCAGUGAUUUUGGGCGCCUCAGGAUUCGUAGCAAAAUACAUUUUGAGAGAAUUUAUGAGGCAUUUGGAGCGGGCGGAUGGGCAAGGGCGAAGAAGAAUCGGCAUAGCAGGGCACAACCGAGAGAAAUUAGCGAAGGCGCUGCAAUGGGCGGCACAAGGGGCGCUACAGAUGCCACUCUUAAUCCCCGUAAUAGAGGCAGGUGUCAUGGAUUCGGCAUCCAUGGCAGCUCUGUGCAAGAGAACACAGUUAAUUGUGAACUAUGUUGGGCCCUUCUGCCUCUACGGUGAGUCUGUGGUGGCUGCCUACGUGGAAGCGGGCAUUGAUUACUUGGACAUCACGGGCGAGCAAAAAUUCAUGGAAAUGAUGGAGGAGCACUACCAUAGCUUGGCCCUUCUCACUGGAUCUCUCAUCAUUUCCACACCUGUGCCUAUGAUUAUGUUACCGCCGACCUCGGUGUCAUAUUUCAUAGCAGGCAGUGGAAGCCACUGUUCGUGCCUCACAGCGUGGAUGCGUAUGUGGUUUUGGAGUCUGAGAAGCGAGUUGUGCUGA